GGCGGAGUUGCCAUCAAACGUGUCAUUACGGUAGUACAUCCCUCGCUAGCUUAGCGGGUGAGAGAGCCACCAUGUUCCCCUCGAUUUCGGCUCAAAAACACCCUUCGCUGAUAUGUUAUCUCCUCCUAACCGUGUGCCUCGCGUCCUUGCCGGCUACCGGGGCCAAGAAGGACAGCCUCCGAGAAGUCACCGACGGCAACUGGGAGGACAUCUUGACCGGGGAGUGGAUGAUUGAAUUCUACGCGCCAUGGUGUCCGGCCUGCCAGCAGCUACAACCGGUGUGGAAUGAGUUCGCUGACUGGGGGGAGGACAUGGGCGUCAACAUAGCCAAGGUGGAUGUGACGGAGCAACCAGGUCUUAGCGGGAGAUUCAUCAUUACAUCACUUCCGACCAUUUACCAUUGCAAGGACGGUGUCUUCCGCAAGUACCAGGGCGCACGCACCAAAGACGAGUUCCUCAGCUUCGUGGACGAGAAGAAGUGGAUUGCGGUGGAGCCGGUCUCAUCUUGGUUCGCGCCCUCGUCUUUUCUAAUGAACUCCAUGUCUGCUCUCUUCAAGCUCUCCAUGUUCAUCCGGCGUUGCCAUAACUACAUGACAGAGCAACUGGGCAUUCCCGUGUGGGGCUCGUACGUCAUCUUCGGCCUGGCCACGCUCUUCUCCGGACUCGUUCUCGGACUGCUGCUGGUGUUUAUCGCCGACUUUGUCUUCCCGUCGCGGCGAUUGUCCUCACCAGACUACUACCAGAAGAAACAAACGGCGGACCAGGCCCGGCUUCUCCAGCAGCAACAGGAGGAGGAGGAGCACGAGGCCGACGGCGAAGAGGACGACGACGAAGAGGAGGAGGAAGACGACGAGGCGUGGAGGACGCGGCAAGCCCGCAGGGCCUCCCCCGAGGGCCGGCACGAGCCCAAAGGACAGGCCGUGAGGAAGAGGGUGGUGGCCAGACGCAAAGAGGAGGAUGAGGAUGAGGAAGAGGAAGAAGACACCUAGAGAGAUGGCAUCGAGCGUCACAUCAUCUCUUGUUGAGUGGGAGGAACCUCCCACUUCUAACCACGUUUACAACGCGCCUGUCUUCCUCUUCGGGCCCCAUGGCGGCUUCACCUGGGAACAAAACUUGACAGUUGGGAGGUUUGUGGAGCUGUUGGGAGUUUGCGGUGUACUUUUUUCAGCUAUGCAUUCUUCUUUUUUGUUUUUAAAAGAGUUUUUUUGUUUUUUGUUUUUUAAAAUAACUUUCAUUUUGUGUACGUAAAUGUCAUAUGUCCCUGUAAUAGUGUUUGAUGGCCCAUAAGUGCAAUGCCCCCCCCCCCCCCCCCCCCCCACCCCUGGUUAAGGGUUGCAAAAUUCUGGGAAUUUUUUUUAAAGAUGGAAAGUAUAGGAAAUUUAUGAAAAUAAAGGGGAGGAAAAAUUAAUUUUUUAGCGACACGAGGCACUAGCCACCACCCAGCUCGAGAGCUAACGGACUUUGGCCUAGUAAUAAAAACUAACUUGCAGUUGCGCCACAUAUCCACUGAUGCAAAUGAUGGCGCUACAGUGGAAAUGAUCUGGAUAUUUUAACAGUAAUUUUCCACCCUUUUGCAACCUUAGCUGAGGCGCAUUUUAUUUUACAAUAAUCUCACAGCACACCAUCAGACAAAAAUGUCACAAACAGUAUAUACAAGUUCAUCUCAAUAAAUUAGAAUGGUGUCAAAAUCAUUUUGGUAGUUCACUUCCAAAAGUGAAACUCAUAUUUCAUGUUUUUUUUUUAACUCCAUAAUUUUGGUGAUUAUAGCUUACAGAAAAUGAAAAGUCAACAUUCACCAUCUCUAGAAACCAGAAUAUUAUGUGUAAAAAAAACAAUGAAAAUGAUUUUUUAAUACAGAAUUUUAAAAAGUAUUUUCCCAAGUGUUUAAUGAAUCUAUAUAAUGUAUGAGUACCGAAUAAAUGGAUUUUUCUACCAUAUUCUAGUUUAUUGAGAUAUCCCCGCAAUGACUGACCUCGUCUCAAUUUACUCAAAUUUACUGGCAACACCUGUAUACAAUUGUAUUUUCUGCCAUUUAGUGUCUGUUACUGUAAUUGCUGGAAUACAUUAAUGGAAAAACCAAACCUUUUGUGGUAUUGCUUAAUACGAAUUAUAACCUUUUGGACCAAUUAAGGGGAAUUGGCCAAUUUUUCGCGGUACACCUGAUGACAGUGUUGUGGCACAGUAGUUGAGAGUCACUCCAUUACUGUGCUAAAAAGCGGCGCUACUGUGUUAAAAUGAGUGCUGAGUCGCACUAAAUUUACACACACAAAGUAGGAUUAGGAUCAGAGCCAGUGUCACUCCAGAUUUACAAUCCACUGUACUGUAAACAUGUCACAGCUCAUCUUUUAUUUAUUUUCUUAAAACACAGUGCAACCUCUAAAGUGAAACAUUUUCUUCAUAGAAACUCAUGUAAAGUCAAUUCAUCAGUUACACAGUCAAACCCCAUGACACCUUCAUGAACUAUAAUGUAAAGGGAGUUAAUAGGCUCUGGAGUCAAACCCUGGCUACUAACUUGUGCUUUUAGCUACAUUAGCUUACAGCAUCGUUAGCAUAUCAGUCAUACACAAAUGUCCACACACACGCAUUAGCAUAUAUGAUUUUAGCAGUUACACGUGUAUAGUUACACUCGAAUAUAGAGUGCAACUAACAUGAAGCCAAAUGUCUUCAACCCCUUUGACGUCCUGGCACAGCCUUCUCUUGGUCAGCAGCUAUGCUUUCGGCUAUAUUAGCAUUUAGCAUCAUUCGCAAUUGCAUUACAGUAUUUAGUAUAUUCAUUCACACGGGCGUAAAAAUAAGUUGAGUGCUGUCAAAUAAUUUGAAAAACAAUUAGAAAAAAAAACAACUACACGCCUAUAAAGACGACGGCCCUGAUCGAGAGGCUUCUCUGGUCAUAAAUCGUCAUGCUUUCGGCUACAUUAGCAUGUAGCAUUGUUAGCACUAGUAUCACGUUCCUCUUUCCAGUGUCGUAGCAAAAACUAUUUCUGGUUAUGGUGACACACAACACUUUGGAGGGUCAGCUGUAUUUCGCCCCCCCCCCCCCCCCCCCAAGUGCAAAAAAUAUUUGCACGCGUGCACUUUUAUCAGCGACGCCAGCAUGUUGUUGAGAAACGAGUAGAAAAGUCACAUCUUCAGUUUAUAAAAAGAUUUCUAAUUGAUGUAAAUUAGUGUAACAUAAAUAUCAUCAUCAUCUCUUGAUUUUUUUCCCUUUUUUUUUACCAAAAAAAACAGCAGAAUGCGUGUGAUUGUUUCUAGAAUUAUUUAAACGUUUCAUUUUCUUGUUUUGUUUUAAAGUGUUUUUAUUUUAUUUUUUAAUAUAUAUAUAAACAUAUAAUAAUUUGGGUGGUCGUUGAAAAGGUGAUAUUUCUUUGAUGUGACAUGUAACCUAACCCCUAUUUCAGCUGUGUUACAUUCACCACGUGUCACUUGUUUGGACAUUUUCUUUGAAUAAA